AUUGUGUUCGAAUGAGAGAGAGACCAGACUCCAGCCAAGAUUUCGGGGCAGAAAAAGGAACGAGUCGUCUGGACCUCCAUAGAUUUAGGAGAGCCUGUUAAACCAGCAACCAUGUCGAAAAAGGAUACUUAUGACAUGUUUGAGAUGGAUGGGGACAUGGAUAAGAAAAAGAGGAAGAAAUUGAAGAAAAAGGAGAAACUGGAGGGCAUGAAGAAAGAAAUGGACAUUGAUGACCAUGAAAUUACAAUUGAAGAGUUUGAAAUGAGGUACAACACAAGCGUUACUAAGGGCAUGACCAGUACCUUUGCGGCUCAGAUUUUGGAGCGGGAUGGUCCCAACGAGCUGAAGCCCCCCAAAGGCACCCCAGAGUACGUGAAGUUUGCCCGGCAGCUGGCGGGGGGUCUGCAGUGUCUGAUGUGGGUGGCAGCUGUCAUCUGCUUCAUUGCGUUUGGGAUUGAACUCGGAAGAGGAAACAUGACCAGCUUUGACGAUCUGUAUUUGGCCAUCACCCUUAUUGCUGUUGUCGUGGUAACUGGCUGCUUUGGCUAUUACCAAGAGUUCAAGAGCACGAACAUCAUCGCCAGCUUCAAAAAUCUAGUCCCACAGCAAGCUGUAGUUAUCCGUGAUGGCCAGAAGAACCAGAUCAAUGCAAACGAGUUGGUGGUUGGAGACCUGGUGGAGAUAAAAGGAGGAGACAGAGUUCCAGCUGAUAUUAGAAUCGUCUUUGCUCAAGGCUGCAAGGUGGACAACUCAUCUUUGACUGGAGAAUCAGAACCACAAACCAGGAGUCCAGAAUGCACUCACGAAAACCCUCUGGAAACCCGAAACAUCGCCUUCUUCUCUACAACCUGCCUAGAAGGUGUAGCCACUGGUGUAAUCAUUAACACCGGAGAUCGCACUAUCAUCGGUCGGAUCGCCAGUCUGGCCAGUGGAGUGGGAAACGAGAAAACUCCCAUCGCUAUAGAAAUUGAGCACUUUGUGGACAUCAUCGCUGGACUCGCGAUCUUUUUCGGCUUUACUUUCUUUGUUGUGGCCAUGUUCAUUGGAUAUGCUUUCCUCGAGGCUAUGAUCUUUUUUAUGGCUAUUGUGGUGGCGUAUGUGCCAGAGGGACUGCUGGCUACUGUCACUGUGUGCUUGUCACUGACGGCUAAACGUUUGGCCCGGAAGAACUGUGUCGUCAAAAACCUGGAAGCUGUGGAGACACUUGGCUCCACGUCUGUGAUCUGCUCUGAUAAGACUGGCACCUUGACCCAGAACAGGAUGACUGUGGCUCACCUGUGGUUUGACAAUCAGAUCCACGCUGCCGACACCACCGAGGACCAGUCAGGUCAAUCCUUCGAUCAGUCGUCAGAGACCUGGCGUUUUUUGGGUCGAAUAGCGUCCCUGUGCAAUAGAGCCACAUUCAGACCGGAUCAGGAGGGGGUCCCCAUACCAAAGAGGAUUGUGGUUGGAGAUGCUUCUGAAACUGCUUUACUUAAAUUCACUGAGCUCACCAUUGGGAACAUCGCGGAGUACAGAAAUCGCUUUAAGAAAGUUGUAGAGGUGCCGUUUAACUCCACCAAUAAGUUUCAGUUGUCCAUACAUGAGCUGGAGGACCCCUUAGACCUGCGUUACCUGUUGGUGAUGAAAGGGGCUCCGGAGCGAAUCCUGGAACGCUGCUCCACCAUUUUAAUCCGAGGCCAAGAGCUGCCCCUGGAUGAGCAGUGGAAGGAGUCCUUUCAGACUGCGUACAUGGACCUGGGAGGACUGGGAGAGAGAGUGCUGGGUUUCUGUCAUGUCUAUCUGAAUGAGAAAGAAUACCCCAGAGGCUACAACUUUGACCCGGAUGAUAUGAACUUCCCGACCUCUGAACUGUGUUUCGCGGGUCUCAUCUCCAUGAUCGACCCGCCCAGAGCCACAGUGCCCGACGCCGUCAUGAAGUGCAGAACGGCUGGGAUCAGGGUUGUCAUGGUAACUGGAGACCACCCAAUUACAGCACGUGCAAUCGCGGCCAACGUAGGGAUCAUCUCCGAAGGCAGUGAGACCGUGGAAGAUAUCGCUCAAAGGAAACGCAUACCAGUCGAACAAGUCAACAAGAGGGAGGCCCGGGCCUGUGUGAUCAGUGGGGGGCAGUUGAAAGACAUGAGCAGUGACGAGUUGGACGAGGCUCUAAGGAAUCAUCCGGAAAUGGUGUUUGCCAGAACGUCUCCUCAGCAGAAGCUCAUCAUCGUGGAAAGCUGCCAGCGCCUGGGCUCCAUUGUUGCUGUAACAGGUGAUGGUGUGAAUGACUCUCCGGCUCUGAAGAAAGCAGACAUUGGUGUUGCUAUGGGCAUUGCCGGCUCAGACGCUGCCAAGAAUGCAGCAGACAUGAUCCUUCUAGAUGACAACUUUGCUUCUAUCGUCACUGGGGUGGAACAGGGUCGUCUUAUCUUUGACAACCUGAAGAAGUCCAUUGCGUACACUCUGACCAAGAACAUCCCCGAGCUCACCCCGUAUCUCAUCUACAUCACUGUGAGCGUGCCACUUCCUCUGGGCUGCAUCACCAUCCUCUUCAUCGAGCUGGCCACUGAUAUUUUCCCCUCUGUGUCUCUGGCCUAUGAGAAAGCUGAGAGCGACAUCAUGCACUUAAAGCCUCGAAACCCUCGUCGUGACCGUCUGGUAAACGAAGCCCUGGCUGUCUACUCCUACUUUCAAAUAGGUGCGAUCCAGUCCUUCGCAGGUUUCACAGACUACUUCACAGCCAUGGCGCAGGAGGGCUGGUUCCCGCUCUUAUGUGUGGGGCUGCGCUCACAGUGGGAGAACGUGGAGCUGCAGGAUUUACAGGACAGCUACGGACAGGAAUGGACCUUCAGCCAGAGGUUGUACCAGGAAUACACCUGCUACACAGUGUUUUUUGUCAGUAUAGAAAUCUGCCAAAUUUCAGAUGUAUUGAUCAGGAAGACGCGUCGUAUCUCUGUGUUCCAGCAGGGAUUCUUCAGAAAUAAGGUUCUCGUAACAGCCAUCGUCUUCCAGCUCUGUUUGGGAAACCUUCUCUGCUACUGCCCUGGGAUGCCCAACAUUUUCAACUUUAUGCCAAUCAGGGUACAAUGGUGGUUUGUUCCUGUUCCAUAUGGCAUUUUAAUCUUUGUUUAUGAUGAGAUCAGAAAGUUAGGAGUGAGGAGAAAUCCAGGAAGUUGGUGGGAUCAGGAGUUAUACUACUGAAAAAGAAAACAUCAUGAUUACGAAUGCAGAGGAACACAGGCCAAAGAAGACUGUAUAGUUGUAAUUUAAUGAUAAUAAAUAAAUUCAGAUUUCAAAAGAGCUAUUUCAGGGCAAACAUCAUUAACAAAAAAGCAUACAUUGUCAUAUAAAGCUGAAGCCA